GAAAAGCGCGGCAGUUUCCCGCCAAAACGCCACCAAAAUCCCCAAUCUCGCGCUAUCCCGCGUCCCACAAACGCGCCGACGGAGAGACGGGAGGGCAACGGGAGGGCUUAGCGCGUCGCUCCCAACGGUGAUUCGAGCCAAGACCUAGCCGCCGCCAUGGAGAUCGUGAGAUCCCACCGGCAGAUCGCGGCGGAGGCGGCGGCCGGCGUAGGAUGUGGCGGCGGGGCGGGAGGCCUGCCAACCUACCGGGUGGCGCCGCAGCUGGAGGUGCGGUUGGAAGAGUUUGAGCUCUUCGCCAUCGACCGCCUCCGAGUAUUGAAGGGGAUCGCCGACGGGCUCUCGCGAGGGAAGAGACCGGAGGAAAUGGAGAAAUUGGUCAAGGAAUUGUGGAAAGCCCAUAUGAGGCACCAGGAUCCUACAGAGACUUUGAACAAGGACAUAAUAUCUCACUUUGUUCUCCGUCUUGUCUACUGCAGAACGGAGGAGCUGCGGAAGUGGUUUCUCUCCAUGGAGACUACGCUUUUUCGCUAUCGCUUUCGGCUCGAGAGUCCUGAAUCACAGAGGAUGCUUAUGAGUGAGUUUCGACUUCCAUACAAAGCAUUGCCACACUCGGAAUUUGAGGCUGUCAAAGACAAGUUGAGCCAAGUUGCACGCACCAUUGGUCAAUCUGCAGCUGUUGAAUCUGUGUUCUUCAAGGUGCCUUUUGAAGAAGUUCCAGAUCUUGUUGCCAGCCGCCGAGUAUUUCUUUCAAAAGGAUAUGCUUAUGUUGCGAUGAGUCAGGUUGUUUCGCUUGUGGUUACCCAAUUCCGCUGCAAUAUCUCGAAGGCACUUGUUUUAACAAAUAGAAAAUGGACGGCCACCAUUAAGGAACAAGAAAAGGAUAGGUUGACUCCUAUUGUCGAAGCAUUGAGUAAUGCAUAUUUUGGACCUGAUUACUCUCAGCCAAAGGAUGCUGUUGAGAUUUCUCUGAAGGAUAUUGACCAACUGGCUAAAACUUCUUUCCCUCUUUGUAUGCGCCACAUGCUAGAGAAGUUGAGAGAAAACCAUCAUCUGAAGCAUGGGGGCAGAAUGCAGUUUGGUCUUUUCCUUAAGGGAGCUGGACUAAAGUUGGAAGAUGCUCUAGCAUUUUGGAGGGCAGAGUUUUCUCAGAAGGUUGGCUCUGAGCGAUUUGACAAGGAAUAUGCCUACAGUAUCAGGCAUAAUUAUGGAAAGGAAGGAAAACGAACAGAUUACACUCCGUAUUCAUGUCAAAAGAUUAUCUCUGCAACACCUGGUGUUGGUGAUCACCAUGGUUGCCCUUAUCGACAUUUUGGUGAAGACAACUUGAGAGCAGCUCUCAAUAAAAUGGGAAUCAGUGGUCAUCCAUUAGAAGAGAUAAUGGAUAAAGUGAAGAACAGGCACUACCAGCUAGCUUGCACGAUGACUUUUGAGGCAGAACAUGGUGUCUCAUGUGAUACUGGAAUCAAUCAUCCUAAUCAGUAUUUCAGUGAAAGCCAGAAAGUCUUGAAAGCAAAGAAUCAAGCAGUGCAGAGCCAAGGAACAACCUAAACUGUAAUGCUGCUGGCAAAAGUCAGUCCAUCCAAAUGCGGAAUUUCAGUUCGUAUCAAGAUUUCAUCCUUGCUGCUAAUGAUAUGGAGAACAACAAUUACUAAUCUUUAUUCUGAUGCCUAGAUGGAAUUCUAUUGCUUUGCACGGUUUCAGAAUUCCAACGGCUGAAUAUGUCAUCCCCCAAAAGUGAUGGAUGUCCCUGUAAACAUGACUUGAGCACAGAAAGUAGAUAGAACCGUACAAGUACGUACUUGUCAAAACCAAAGGAAACCAUGAUUAUGGAUAUCAAAUUAUUGUUUGUGUUGGUAAGUGGUAACUAUGUAACCAUGGUAACUAUGACCAGGGGGAGUUGUGAACACCUCAUCAGUUAAGUUGCGCUGUAAUGUUUCUGUAAUCGAAAACUUGUUCGACAAAACAAUUGCGCUUCCAGAUAUGCAAUUUCAUUAA